AUGUCAUUCUAUCUUCUUCUCCUUCUCCUUCUCCCAUUGUCCAUUCAGACAAGAGAAAUCAAAAUCUACAACAAGUGUCCGUUCACAGUAUGGCCUGGAAUUCUGGGACCCGGAAAUCCAGCUGGUGGAGGAUUUCGUUUGAAUUCUCAAGAAACUAGAAGCAUUUAUGUGGAUGAUGCAUGGACAGCAGCCAGAAUUUGGCCAAGAACCCAUUGUGAUGGAAAUAUGAAUUGUGCUACUGGAAGUUGUGGGCCUCGCGAGCAGUGCAAUGGAGCUGGCGGUGAGCCACCAGCGACUCUUGCGGAAUUCACACUUCGGGGAGAUGCUGGAAAAGAUUUCUACGAUGUCUCACUGGUAGAUGGUUAUAAUAUUCCAGUGCUAAUCGAUGUGAUUGGUGGAGAAGGAGAUUGUAAAAGAGCCGGAGGAUGUUUCAAAGAUAUUAACGAGUUUUGUCCGGGAGAUUUGGCUAUCAAGAAAGACGGCAGAACUAUUGCUUGUAAAUCUGGCUGUUUGGCAUACAAUAAUGAUCAGGAAUGCUGUCGAGGAGAAUUCGGAACCCCAGAUAGAUGCAGACAAAGCAAAACUGCACGAAUAUUCAAAGACGCCUGCCCAACAGCAUACUCAUAUGCCUACGAUGACGGAACUUCGACGUUCACUUGUAAAAAUGCUAAUUACGUCGUUCAAUUCUGCUAA